AUGUUUCCAUUAACUUUACCAUAUACAAGAGGUGGUAAACUCCCUUACUGGUUAUUAUUCAUUUCAAUUGUAUCGAUUUUCAAUUCUUUCCAAUCAUAUCAAAAAGAUUUAUCAUUAACAAAAAGAGUAUAUAAUUCAAAACCUCAACAAGUUACAAAUUUAUCAGCAAGAACUUUUGGAACUUGGACAUUAAUUACAUCAAUUGUUAGAUUAUAUGGAGCUUAUAAUAUUACAAACAAUCAAAUUUAUCAAUUAACUCAAUUCACUUUUAUUAUAGCUGGUUUUCAUUUUUUAAGUGAAUGGUUAAUUUUUAAAACUACUAAAUUAGGUAAAGGAUUAUCCGGACCUUUAAUUGUAAGUAGUUUAAGUUUAUUUUGGAUGUGGUAUUAUAAAGAUUAUUAUGUAUUUUGA